UGGAAACCAAGAAACGGAAGUGGAUGCUCAACUUCAGACAGUGUUUUUAUUUUUCACUACACAAAAAAUAAGGGCGAUUUUCAAGACAGUUAAACAAUGUACGGUGAUGACAAUGGGUCAGAAGGUCCGAGGGGGACAUUUGAAAUCUACCGGGCUGAAGCAGACUCUUUAUACAAACAAGGGGAGUACAGGAAAGCAAUAGACAGUUACACUCUUGCCCUCGAGUUGACACCUGGAGAGAAGAACUGUCUUGUUGCCCGGUCAAAAUGUCACCUGCAGCUCGGAGAUAUGAUCAGUGCUCUCAAUGAUGCUGAGGCCUCACUUGAAGAAGAUAAAAAUUAUCACAAGGGAAUCUACCAAAAAGCCCAGGCUUUGUAUUACCAAGGAGAUUUUGAGAUGGCACUUGUCUUUUAUCACAGAGGCCACAAACUUCGACCAGAGUUACAGGAAUUUCGACUCGGCAUUCAGAAAGCCCAAGAAGCUAUCGACAAUAGUGUGGGGUGUAAGUCUACACUAACACUAUUCCCAAACAUUACUGACUUUGAAGCACCUGCAAAAUCUCUUGCAGGCAGUUCUCAGAGUUUGCAAUGCAGGAGAUCUGAUUGGAGUCUGGAAAAAGUCUUUCCUUCCUAUAAAACUCUGUCUUCCUCCACUCAAUCUACCUGUCCUCCAUCUGUCAGUAAUCUCAUCUCUUCUAAAGCAGCUCCGGACACUGUGAAACUGACUACAGAGGGCGACUUAUCCUACUUUGAUCAGUUACUGGAUGACAAAAAAAUAAAACGUAAAGCAAUGACAUACGGUCGACCAGCGGCACAGCAGUAUAAUAAAACAACAACACAGCGUGUAGCCGUGGGCAGUGAGAAAACCAUCAAACAACUGCUAGGAGAAUUGUACGGGGACAGACAAUACCUCGAAAAACUACUGAAAGAAACAGAUCCCAAAUCCGAAAUGGGCAAAACAAUAUCAACGUUAGUCAAUGAAGGUUUGUCAUACCUUGAUACACGGUCAGACUUCUGGAGACAACAGAAACCAAUGUAUGCUCGCAGACACGACAGACUGAUGCAGAGAAGAAAGCGGGAAUCAUCAUCACAUAAAAUAUCGCCAAAUGAUUACAUAAUUAAAGAACUUGAGAGGAUUGAUCAAGCCCAGGUUGAAGGUCGUUACCAAGAAGCAUUGAAGAGAUCACAAAAAUGUUUGUCAACAGUUCAGGGAUUCACAGAGGAUGAUGUACCUAACAAGGUUGAGGUCAUCGCCAACAUACACAGCUGUAUUGGUAAUGCUCACCUGGAGAUGGGAGCAUACGAGAAAGCCCUAGAUAGUCACCAGACUGACCUGAACCUAGGAGAAACAAAUGAUAUGAUGGAGGCUGUAUCAAGAGGCCUUGACAAUAUUGGUCGUGUUCAUGCCAGAAAGGGAGCAUUUGCUCAGGCCAUUGAAGUAUGGGAACGUAAAGUACCAAUGAGUAAGUCACCGCUUGAGAGUACCUGGCUCUACCAUGAGAUUGGUCGUUGUUAUCUUGAGCUGGACAAGUAUGCCGAGGCCAAGAGUAAUGGAGAACAGUCAGAGACUGCUGCAUUAGAAGCCGAGGACCAGAUGUGGCAACUUCAGGCUCUCGUACUCACAGCCCAGGCUGAAGUGAAACUAAGUGAAUUAACAGCAGCUGUAGCUACAUUUGAAAAAGCAUCAGAACUUGCAAAAGCACAAGGUGAUAAGUCAGCAGAAACAGCCAUUAAGAAAGCGAUUGAUGAAAUAAACAGCAAAAUUGUUGACGAGGGUACAACAGCACCGGAAACAACUGGAGAAACCGAGGCUAAAGAUGGAAAUGAGAAUGACAACAGAACCACUGAAAAGACAGAGGACAAAGUUGAGGAUAAACAACCAGAUAGUAAAGAAUCUGAAACCAAAGAAGAAGAAAAAUCUGCAGAUAAAGUUACACCUAAAGUUUCACCAAAAGUUACACCGCGAGACAACAAGGAUACAACUGGUGAAAAAGUUGAAGACAAACAAGAAACUGUAGCAGAAAGUAAUGGAGAUACUGCUCAAGACAACACAGACAAGAAAGAUGAAGAUGCUAGAUCAGAUAUUUGAUUCUAACACAUUUGUACAACCAGGGAAAAAUGAAAUGACCAUUUUUAAUAAUUUGAUCCAAACAUGUUGAACUUCAUACAAUUGACGAAACAAAAACAUUGUGAUUUUUUUUUAAUAAUCUUUCUAAAAUUUUCGUUUAUAAAAUAAUUUGAUAUUUUAAUAUGUAAUUUGUUGUGUUUUUAAAUAAUUUUUGGUGCUAAGAUCAAUCUUAAAAAAAAGCAAAACAAAACAAAUUCAAGAUGAUUCAUUAAAUGAAAAUUAAUUUUUUCUCAUAUAGGAUAAAACAUUUUCAUCUUAGGGUCUUACCAGUAUUUCAUAAAUUACUAAUUUUCUUUCUUUUUGGAGUAAUUUUUUUUUUUCGGUUUUUAUUUUCUUGCUACUUUUACUAGCAAUGCUGCCAAAAUGAGGUUAUUUAAUAUAUACUUCUUUUUAGUUAUAAAUUUACUUAAUUUCUUGCCAAUAAUUUUAGAUUAUUUUUUUUUUGUAAAAUGAUAUUCUUGCCAACAGUAUUUGAUACAUCUAAUGUGUUCAUAUUUUAUGUAGGGAUGCUUAUAGGGGAGAGAACUGUAACUGGUAAUUUUGUCAAAUGAUCGUGAUAUUCUCCCUUUACAUGAUUUUUUUGUUCUGUAGUAGGAGUGUAUUUAAGUUCUCCUUUGUUUUGUUUUUUUUUUACCAAAAGCAAUUUAUAUUUUGGAUUUUCUUUUUUCUAAAGAUACAGUAUUAUACUGAAAUUAAAUUGAUACUCACAGAUUAUCUGAAGAUUACUUCCACAAUUGUUAGUACUGAAUAUAUAUAGAAGCAAUUUCGUUAGGCUGGGAAGAAUAGUAAAACUCUUCUUUUUUUAGAAAAACUGUUAUACAAGUUAAGGAGUGUUCAAAGUCAAUGAUGAUUUACAUACAUCACAGGGUAUUAUGAAAUACUUUAGGUUUUAUUCUUCUGUUAACGAUAAUUCUAAAUUUUAUAAUUGUUACCACAAACACUCAAGAAAAAAAUAAUAAAAAAAAUGAAAAAUCA